CAUCCCUCUCGUCCUCAUCACUCAACCCUCUCCUCGCUAACUCCAGUUUUUCUUUGCCAACAGGGAGUGGGAAAACAAAACCCUACCUAGCCGCUGAAUUUUCUCCUCGACUGUGAACCCUAUCUACUCGCCCUACUCCUCACCCAUCAUACAUCAUGGCUCCCCGUGGUCGCGGAAAGUUCUCCAAGCCCUCUCGCGGAGGUGGAAAACGCUUCAGUCGAGACGUCCAACCCGUCGACAAAGACGGUAACCCUGUUGGCCUAUGGCGGGAUGCAGACGAGGACGUCCCCUCCUCGAUAGACGAAGAUGAAGAAGACGGCAGCACAUCCGAGUCAGACUCGGACUCGGACUCUGAAGACGACAACAACAACAACACCCCAUCCUCCUCAAAACCCGGCCCCUCCUCUAUCCCACUCACAGCAGACUCUACCGCCUCAGCAGCCCCCGAACUCACCCGUGAAGAGCGUCGCGCCGCAGCCAAAGCCAAAAAGCAAGCUGCGCAAGCCCGGCGACUCCAAACCGCGGCGCAACCGGGCGAUUUACCCCCAUCCUCGUCGGAUGAGGAGGACAACUCUGACGGAUCGGAUGGCGAGGAUGAGGAUCUACCAGCGAACCCGAAUCAUACGAGUAAAUCUCGGUCUCAGUUGAGUAGUAGUAAUGCGGCUGGCGGUGCUGGUGCUGGUGCUGGCAAGGAUCAACAGGAUCUGUCGCAGCUUUCGCGACGGGAGAGGGAAGCUAUUGAGGCGCAGCAGGCCAGGGAACGGUAUAUGAAGUUGCAUGCGGAGGGGAAGACGGAGGAGGCGAGGGCGGAUUUGGCGCGGUUGGCGCUCGUGAGGGAGAAGAGGGAGCAGGAGCGGUUGAGGAAGGAGGUCGAGAAGGAGGAGAAGGCUGAGGCGGCGAGAAAGAGGGCGGAGGAGUUGAAGGCGAAGUUGGGGGCUAAGGGGGGUGGGAAGAAGGGGAAGAAAGGGAAAUGAAUUGAUGGGGGUUUCAUUUGGUGUUUUUAGAUUUGGUUAACUUACUGAGUUGGUUUUGGCUUGAUGCCUGUGCAAAUGGGUAAAAAUAUAUGAUAUUACAUCUGACUAUUUCGACUGUGGAAGGAAGAGGAUGGGGGUAUAGUGGGGGGAAACAGUAGCAGAAGUGAGUCUAUGAUAGACGCUAUAUAACCCAGCUAUGCUGUACAGUAUGAACCAUAUGUCUUUUGCCUGCUCUCAUGUGGAGCAGAGUAUGAAAGGAGACCACCAGAAACGAACCUAUGCA